AUGAUCCAAGGAAGUAAAACUGAAGCAGAAUCUGGGAAUUUAGUAUGUAUAGCUGCUGGAAAUAGAGAAUUAUUUGAUGAUUGUCAAUCAGUAUUUUGUGCCACCAUUAAAAACUAAUUUUAGUUAGGCAACAUUGGGUCAGCCACUAAGAUGAAUUUGGUUUUAAAUACGAUCAUAGCAGUACCUGUUGUAGGAUUGGCUGAAGGCAUGGCUUUAUCUGACAGAGCUGGUUUACCAGCAAUAGAUGUGAUAAAUAUUUUAAGAAUGACAUCAUUGAAAUGCCUACUAUUGCUAGAAAAAGGAAAAGCGAUGAUAGAUAACAAUUUCCAAACACGUCAAGCUUUAAAACAUCUACACAAAGAUUUGAGUUUAUCAUUAGAUUUGUCAUACGUGUAA